AUGAGUACUCCACAAGAGUUGGAAAAAAAGGCUCGCAGUAGCGCCAAGUCCCUUUUUUCCUUCAUCUUUGGAAGCAAUAGCGACGAAGCCCAGGAUCUUUACAACCAGGCCGGAAAUCAAUACAAACAGCUCCACCAGUGGAAGGAUGCCGCGAGAUGCUUCCAAGAAGCAGCUAAUAUCGGAGAAAAGAACAAGGAUAUGCUCUUUGCAGCCUCUAAUUUGGUAGAGGCGUCCAACGCACUCCUCAAGUUUGACUCGAACUCGCUUGAUCACGUGGACCCUCUUAUUCGAGCAACAACUAUAUAUAAUACCCAGGGCAGAUUUGCUCAAAGUGGUAGAAUUCUCAAAAAGGCAGCUGAACACUUUGAAGAGAACUCGGACCCUGAAAAUGCUAUUAAAUUUUACAAAAAGGCAGCUGAAUCAUUCGAACUUGACGAAUAUGGAAAGACUUCCGGAUCACAAUGCCUGCUAAAGUUUGCAGAUUUAUCGUCACUACACCCUGAUCUUCCAUCCUUAAAAUCAAAUGCCUACAUUGAUGCAAUAAAGAUUUAUGAGGAAGAAGGCAAAAAAAAUACAAGAAAUUCUCUACUACAGUAUGGAGUAAGAGACUUAUUUCUGAAGGCUGGUCUCUUGCAUAUUCUUGCUGUUGAUAUUACUGAUGCACGAAUUGCUCACAAAAAGUAUAUUAAUACUGAUCCAAAAUUUGAAAACUCGCGUGAAGACAAGUUUCUAAAUGGUCUUAUUGAAGCAUACGAAGCUCUAGAUGUCGCAGAAUUUACCAAGAUACUUCGUGACUAUGAUGGAAUUUCAAAACUUGACCCAUGGAAGAUUUCUAUCCUAUCCAAGGUAUGA